CGCCUGCCAGCUCUGCUAUCUUCAUCCUCUGUCCGUCAGCACUCUCUUGCCUUUUCAUCUGCUGCCAGAUGCCAGUUCUCUCUACACAUUUACCUCAUCAGUUCUUUAACCCUCCCUUACGAGCACGAAAAUGAGUCUUGAAGACGCCGACUUCCGCGAGCGGGUGGCUCUGAUAGAGCAACUCCAGGAGCUCGUCAACACGAAGCGUGAUUUUGCGGUUGAAAUCGACCCCCAAUGCUGGGCUCCGAUGUGGUUCGCCGAUCUCGAAGUUCUCCGUGAAGUCAUCGCCUUGCCUCUACUAGCAGCGAAUACCUGGGUUGAGACGCCCGGCUUUGAUUUCGCCAAGUUCUGGACCAACCGUAAGCGCGUCAAAGGGAUUCCUACCAGCGGAGCCUCAACCCCAGCCAAGCGCCGGAUAUCUGGAGAAGUCGUCGAUGAGGAGAGUAGCCAGAAACGGUCCCAGGAGGCCAUCACCAAGUGCCGUGAACGGGAUGAGCAAUCGUGCGUUAUCACCCACGCCGAUGGACCCAUCAGCGCCGCCCACAUUUUCCCAUAUAGUCUUGGAUCGAGCGCCACGGCUUUGGACAAACUCUGGGCUUCCCUCAGGCAUUAUUGGACCGAGGAGCGGGUGGACAAGUGGCGCCAGGCCCUCAGUGAAGACAACGGCACUGAAAAGUGCCAGAACCUUCUCUCACUCUCACCCUCGGCCCAUAAAUACUGGGAUGAGUGCCUCUUCGCACUCAAGCCGCGCGCCCCCGCGCCAGAUGGCAAGAGUAUGGAGGUGGAGUUUCACUGGCUGCCCCUGCGUAAGAAGCAGGAUGUCCCAAAGUGCCUGCUUCUGACUGAGCAGCCGGAGCUCCCAGCUGGCAUGUCACAUACUGCACAACGUGUAAAGCUCUUUGAUUGUGAGACGGACAAGUCAAUCAAAUCUGGUGAUAUCAUCACUCUUCGCACAGAGUCCCCGGAGACACACCCGCUACCCUCAUAUGAACUGCUAAAUCUCCAGUGGUACCUACACCGCAUCGCGGCUCUUCGUGGAGCGGCCGGCAACCAAGAUGACGAUGACGAUGACGAUGACGACGAUGACGAUGACGAGUUUGAAUCAGAGGAGGAGGAGAACGAGGAGGAGCUGCAUGGAUCUUUGAGAGACCUGGGUUGGAUGCUCCCGGCCACCAUCUCGUCCCCCCAACACCGCCUUCGUGAGAACAUUGCGCACGCGCGGCCUACAGCCACCAAUGAUACCGACGAUAAACAGGCCUCAACUGAGCCGCAGACGUUUGAGGACCUUCCUAUCCUCGGAGAACGUUCUGGAAACAUCCGCCGCCAGCGGUGAGAUAUUGGACAGAGGUCUCUGGACUUUCUUCCGGUUCGCUUGUUUACUUUUCUACUCAUCGACUGUGCUGCCGCUUCUGUUGUUUCUGUGACUUCCUAUUGUCAACCGAAAUUCCCUUUGCGAUUCUAGAAAUGUUUACUGUGGCCGAAUCAACUGUCUCCUAUCAAUUAUCAAGGCCUGACAAAUAUUAGAUUAUCACACCAUG